AUGGAAAAAGUUUGGUUCGCUGAAUAUCAAAAAACUGGGAUUCCAGAAACAGUAGAAUUGCCACAGGAAAAUAGCUCUCUUAUUGAUAUUUUUGAGCGUAAUUUCCAAAAAUUUGGUUCACGUGAUGCCUUUAUCUUCAUGGAUAAAGUGAUGUCAUUCAGUGAUCUUGAAUUGGCAAGCCGUAAAUUUGCAACCUAUUUGCAAAGUUUAGGUUUGGCAAAAGGUUCACGUGUUGCAGUGAUGAUGCCUAACGUCCUUCAGUAUCCAGUUGUCGCUUUAGGUGUACUCCGUGCAGGUUUGGUACUUGUGAAUGUGAAUCCACUUUAUACAGCACGUGAAUUAGAACACCAACUUAAUGAUUCAGGCGCUGAAGCGUUGGUCAUUGUUGAAAACUUUGCGACUGUUUAUCAAGCGAUUAUUGGUAAAACACCAGUAAAACAUGUUGUCAUUGCUUCGGUUGGCGAUAUGUUAGGUACCUUAAAAGUGCGUAAACAAAUUCCAGAUUGGAAUAUUCCAGGACAUACUAAGUUUAAUGCUGCAUUGGCAAAAGUAAGUCCAAGCAAUUAUAAACGUCCAACCAUGACACUCAGUGAUACUGCUGUACUUCAGUACACAGGCGGUACUACGGGUGUUUCAAAAGGAGCGGAACUUACCCACCGUAACUUAGUUGCAAACUUGUUGCAAUGUGACGGUAUUUUCCAAAGUAAAUUUGGCCAAGGUGAUGGCGCUAAAGAUGAUCGUAUCUUCUGUGCUUUACCGCUUUAUCACAUCUUCGCAUUUAUGGUUUGUGCGAUGUAUGGUAUGUAUAAAGGUCAAGCAAAUAUUCUGAUUCCAAAUCCACGUGAUUUACCUGCAGUGAUUAAAGAAUUACGUAAAUACCAACCAGGUUUCUUCCCUGCGGUAAAUACCUUGUUUAAUGCGCUGGUGCAUAAUGAAGAAUUUAGACAGCUCGACUUCAGUAAGUUAAAAAUGGCGAUGGGCGGUGGUAUGGCUGUGUUACCGUCAACUGCUGAAGAAUGGAAAAAAGUUACAGGAACCAUCAUUAUUGAAGGUUAUGGUUUAUCUGAAACUUCUCCAGUCGCAACUGCAAACCCACCUGCAACGACUGAGUUUAGUGGCACAAUUGGUAUUCCUUUACCACUGACGGAUGUUGCGAUCUUAGAUGAUGAUGGCAAUCAUUUGUCACAAGGCGAGCAGGGUGAAAUCUCGAUUCGUGGUCCUCAAGUCAUGAAAGGCUAUUGGAAUCGUCCAGAUGAAACUGCAAAAGUCAUGACAGCUGACGGUUAUUUCCGUACAGGUGAUAUUGGGAUCAUGGAUACCCGUGGUUAUUUCAAAAUUGUCGAUCGUAAGAAAGACAUGAUUUUAGUAUCUGGCUUCAAUGUCUAUCCUUCUGAAAUUGAAGAAGUGAUUGCGCAACAUCCUAAAGUGCUUGAAGUGGCUGCAAUUGGUGUGCCUGAUGAAAAAUCUGGUGAAGUGCCAAAACUAUUUGUAGUGAAAAAAGAUCCAUCUUUAACCACUGAAGAAGUUCUUGAAUAUGCAAAAGAAAACUUAACCGGUUAUAAACGUCCGCGUUAUGUUGAGUUUAUGGAUGAUUUACCAAAAUCAAAUGUAGGUAAAAUCCUACGUAAAGAUUUACGUAAAUAA